AUGGCUGAGGAACAUAGCUACCAGUUGUCCUUGACUGAACAUGAUCCGCUGCCUGGCCUUGAGUCUUUUGUGCCCGUGCGUGCUAGCAAACCUCCAAGUACCACUACAAUAUCGUUUAAUGACCUUCUACAACCACCACUCCUGCUUCACGAAAAUUUGAAACAAGGAUGCGGCGGACAGCUGUGGCCUGCAGGUAUGGUACUGGCGAGGUAUAUGCUGCACGCCCACCGCCAUAACAUUGCGGACAAGACAAUCAUCGAGCUUGGGGCGGGAGGUGGGCUGGUCGGUCUGGCUGUCGCUCGAGGCUCUCAAAUAACCAAGCCAUUGAUCAUCACCGAUCAGCUGCCUAUGCUGGGCUUGAUGCAACAGAACAUUGCUUUGAACUCGCUAGAGAAUAGGGUUAUUGCUGGGAGACUGGACUGGGGCACCUCAAUAUCUCCUUCGCUCGAGGCACAUUUCUCCACCCAUGCAUUACUGCCCGAUGAGCGAUUUCCCGACGUCGUCUUAGCCGCCGAUUGCGUUUAUUUCGAGCCCGCGUUCCCUCUUCUACUACAGACCAUGCAUCGAUUGCUGGGACCGGAGACGUUGUGCUACUUCUGCUUCAUGAAGAGAAGGAAAGCAGAUUGGAGGUUUAUCAGAGAUAUGAAGAAGCAAUUUGAGGUGGUGGACGCCAAAUAUGACGACCAACACCAGGAUAAAAGAGAUGGCAUAUACCUGUAUGAGGUCAGGAGAAAACCAAGAUCAAAUGCAGUGCAAAAGGAACUUCAGCGGAAGACAGGCUAG